UUAAAAAAAUAUGUGUGUAUGUGCAUAUGUAUAUAAUGUAUUUUGUCGCAGUGGAAUAUAGCAGUAGCUCCCAUUGUGUAUUUUCCCGUAAAUUUUUUGUUUGGGGAACUUGAUGUGCCUUUCCGCAUUUUCUUUUUUCUAUUGUGAUGAGCAAUGAAAGGUCAUCUUGUUGUGUUAAGAUGAGCAGACCAACAACGCGGAGUAAAAAUAAAAGACACAAGCAAGGGGAUGAUGUUGACACCUCUUCAGAAUUAUUGAGGAAGAUCCACAUGACCAGUGAAAUUACUGAUGAGGAUGUCACCAAGCUUUAUAAAAUUUGGAAACCAGUUUGUCAAGGAUGCCGUGUGAAUACAAAAGAUAAUCCUAACUGCUUUUGUGGGCUAAUUCCCCCUCCAAAUGGAAGCCGGAAAGUGGGCCUGUGGCAGAAGACAUCAGACAUCCUUCAGGCUCUUGGCCCUGACCCAUCCACUGAUCUUCGUGCUUCUGCUGAUUCUCCCUCGGGACUUACAAAUCUUGGUGCAACAUGCUAUGCCAACAGCAUACUCCAGUGCUUGUACAUGAAUAAAUUGUUCCGUGGAGGCAUAUUUUCUGUUGAACCAGAUCUUUUGAAGCAACAGCCAGUGUUGGAUCAGCUAGCACGACUUUUCGCACAGUUGCAUGCAAGUAAAAUGGCUUUUAUCGACUCUUGUCCGUUUGUUAAAACACUUGAGUUGGAUAAUGGAGUUCAACAAGAUAGCCAUGAGUUUUUGACAUUGCUUCUUUCGUUGCUUGAACGUUGUCUUAACCAUUCUAAGGUUUCCAAGGCAAGAACUGUUGUCCAAGAUCUUUUCCGUGGAACUGUGUCUCAUGUGACAACGUGCUCUCAAUGUGGACAAGAUUCUGAAGCUUCUUCUAAUAUGCAAGACUUUUAUGAGCUAGAGCUGAAUGUGAAGGGUUUGAAAAGUUUAGAUAAUAGCUUGGAUGAUUAUCUUAGUGUGGAAGAGCUACAUGGAGAUAAUCAAUAUUACUGUGAGUCUUGUAAAACAAGAGUUAAUGCUACUCGCAGCAUCAAGCUGCGGACAUUGCCACCUGUACUAAAUUUUCAGCUCAAGCGUUGUGUGUUUGUUCCAAAGACCACUAUGAAGAAGAAAAUCACUUCUGCAUUUUAUUUCCCCGGAGAAUUAGACAUGCAUCAUAGGUUAUCUGAGCCUACUCAGACUGAAUCAAUCUAUGAUCUCUCAGCAGUGCUGAUUCACAAGGGAACUGCAGUGAACAGUGGCCAUUAUAUAGCACAUAUUAACGAUGAAAAUACUGGGCAAUGGUGGGAGUUUGACGAUGAGCAUGUCUCAAACUUAGGUUGUCACCCAUUUGGAGAAGGUUCUUCAAGCUCUAGUCACAAGCCUGCUAAAACUGAGCCUGUUGUCAAUCCCACCUGUACAGAAAAAACGAGUGAUGUUGCCAAUGGCAAUCAUAUGGAUGUUAUUCAGCAAGAAUCUUAUGAUCCAAGUUCUGGCAGUGGUGGUCAUGUAGAGAUAUUUUCUUCAAGUGAUGCAUAUAUGUUGAUGUAUAAUCUCAGGUGUCGCGGGAAGGAUAAUGGAAAAUGUCUUGCAGUUUGUGGUGAUAAUGAUAUGGAAAUAGAAGGCAAUGUGACUUCCUUGCAUGAUGGUGUUUCUCUGCCUUCUCAUCUUUGUGAAGAGGUGGAAAAGUUGAAUGCAUCAUAUGUUGAUGCUUGUGACCAAUACACAUCAAAGAAGGAAAUGGAGCUGAACCGAAUUUCAGAAAGAAAACAGGAAGUUCGAUCCAUUUUGUCCGAGGCCCCUGUUAAAUCACUAGAGGAACCAUUUUGUUGGAUUUCUGCAGAUUGGCUUCGUCAGUGGGCUGACAACAUUACUUCCCCUCCUCUUGAUAACACUUCUAUCCAAUGUUUACAUGGAAAAGUUCCCGUGUCAAAGGUUGAUUCCAUGAAGCGAUUGUCAACUACAUCUUGGACUCAGUUGUACUCCAAGUACAAUGGGGGUCCGCAACUGACUAAUGAUGACUACUGCAUAGAUUGCCUUAUUGAUGGGGCCCGCACUCUGGUUUGUGCCGAUAGUUACAGAGUUCGCAGAACUUUAAUGAAACAAAUUGCUGAAGAUGUAUUUGCAGGGAUGUGUGAAGAUGGAACGUAUUUUGUUUCCAAAGCAUGGUUGCAACAGUGGCUUAAAAGAAAAAUACUUGAUGCACCAUCUGAAGCUGAUGGAGGACCAACAGCUUCCAUCAGGUGUCCUCAUGGUGAACUUAUGCCCGAGCAAGCUGUGGGAGCUAAGAGAUUGCUUGUUCCUGAGAAUCUGUGGCUGUUCUUUUAUGAAGAUGCUAUUGCAGUAAAACCUGAUGAUACCUUGGGUUGUUCAACAUUUCCUUCAGAUUCAAGACAAUGUUCACAGUGUAGUGAUGAACUAUCGGAAGUGGCUUGCAUAGAAGAUUCUUUAAGAGUGGUGAGGCUCAAGCAGCGCCAGAAUCAUGAGAAGCUAGCUACAGGGAAAACCUUUCCUCUAUUUCCUGAUUGCAAGUAUUAUUUGGUACCAUCUUCUUGGCUUUCAAAAUGGAGAAACUACAUUAAUGCCAGUGGCAAGAAUGUCUCAUUAUCAGUGAAGCCUGAGACUUUAGAUGGCAUAAUUGAUAUGCUGAAGUGCGAAAAGCAUUUGCUACUCAUAGAAAGGCCACCAGAUCUUGUUUGGAAACGGGAUUCAAUAUUCCAAAAGUCUUCUGCUGGACUUCAGACAGAUGGGUUAACUGUUAUUACUGAAAGUGAUUGGAAAUGCUUUUGCGAAGAAUGGGGUGGCAUUGAAGGGAACGGUAUAUCAGCCUGGAUUGAGUGUAGUAGUACUGCAGAAAGUAAUGUCAAUGGUUCAUGUGAAGAGAUACAGAGAUCUGAAGCAGAUUUGGGCUCCUAUGAUGAAACUAAUUAUGAAAUUGAGACUAAGCAACUACGAAUGAAGACUAGUCCUGAGAUAUGUGAGCAUUGUAUUGGAGAACGACAAAGCUUGGAGCUGAUGCAGAAACUUAAUUAUUGCAAUGAGGAUGUAUAUGUGUAUUUUGUUCGUGGUAAAGAAGCUCCCAAAUCAAUUUUACAAGCAUCUGAGACUAGUUUUGAUCCAGAUCGCCGAGUUUCAAAGCGCUCUAAGAAGACAAAUUCUGGUAAUCAAAUCAGUCUAAAAGUUUCUGGCUCUACAUCAGUGUACCAGCUAAAAAUGAUGAUAUGGGAAUCUUUUGGGGUGGUAAAAGAAAACCAAAUACUUCACAAAGGUUCGCGAAUAAUCGAUAAAGAAUGUGCUACUCUUGCAGACAUGAAUAUAUUCCCUGGAGAUAAGCUUUGGGUGAUUGAUUCAGAGAUUCAUGAGAACCGAGAUAUUGCGGAUGAGGUUUCUGACCAAAAAAUGGAUGUGCAACAUACUGAGGAGGGGUUUCGUGGGACACUUUUGACUGCCAAUACUUCAUCUCAAGUUGUUUAAGAAACAUACUAAUGAUCUGUGUGAAUAUCCAGAGUUUUGUAAAUUUUUCUAUUGAAUCUUUGAACGUGAAGCUGCAUUUUGGUGACCAGUAAUUUUGAGUAAUGCCUACAGGAUUUACCUCUGUGUGUGCACUCAUGCAUAAAUAUCUGCCGAAGUCCUGUUUUCCCCGGUUUGAACUCUGAAUCAUUUUAUCAUGAGUGGAAGUGACGGAUCCUGUUAUUCCAGCCUAGAAUGUUACUACCUGAAGGUCACAAUUAUUUGUUACUACUAAAGAUUGUAGACCAACUCUUUCAUUUUAUCUGAGGGACAGCUGUGGCAUCAGAAGAGAAGUGGCAUUUUGUUGGUGUCUCCUGGGGUCCCAAACAAAACUUAUUCCGGUUCUACUCUUUCAGUGUGUCCUUUUAUUAGAGAUACUUGUCAUAGCUUCCUUUUUGCCUCCACUGUUUUUAGUCUUGGCUCAUCGAGCAAUUUGUAGACAAACUAGAUUUCACUUGUCUGAGUUUCGUAGCCGAUAGAGAUGUACAUGUACCAUACACGUCUUUUACAUAUUUAUUCUGCUUAUCUCUCUCUCUCUCUCCGAGGAAGAAGAGUAGUUGUUGUUGUUGUUACAGAUCUCUUUACCCUAACUGGUCAUCAGAGGAGUUGUUGUCGUUGUUAUUACAGAUCUCUUUACCUUAACCGGUCAUCAGAGGAGUUGAGAUUAUGUACCGUUUUAUUUACUUGCCACAUUAUACAUUAUAUUAGAAAAAUAAAAAAUGGUAUUGAGUGGUGACACGCAAUGGAUGA